UCCAAUCGUUCCGGUGCCUUACCGCGGUCGGCCUCGGGGCAGGCCACCCUGCUUAGCCGCUAUCGCAGUCGUCGGACGUAGAGAAAACGAAAAAAAAAAAAACAGAUACAUCAAAAACCGUUCUACCAAAAUGACGGUUUUAUUGAUUUGGUGGGCGGUUAUCAACACAUACUACUUGAAAAGCGUGUCGUCUACGUGGCAGCCAAGUCCGAUGGAAGCCCCUAACUUCGCGGUGGAGCCGCCAAGUUUAAUUUACUUUUCAAACACCACGGGCACACUGCUAAGCUGCCAGGGACAAGGAAACCCUCAGCCGAAUGUCACGUGGCUAUAUUACAAUGACAAAAUUGCCACCGACGUGCCGGGGCUCAGGGAAAUCCAACCGAACGGGAAUUUGUACUUCCCUCCGUUUCCGGUCCAAUCGUAUACGGCGGAUAUACACGCGGCCACUUACAAAUGUGCCCUGGAAAACCCAAUCGGGAGAAUCGUCUCACGGGAAUCCAGGAUUAAAGCCAUCAUGGCAAAAACACUGGAAAUAAGUAUUCAAAACGCAGUGGUGCUCAAAGGGAACGUAGCCAUGUUUAAAUGUCAAUCCCCAGAGUUGACCAGUGAGCAUUUAACGAAAACGUGGUUUAAAACGGACGAGUCCAGAGGCGAACCAGGUCAGACGAUUCCUAUACAUAUGGGUGGUCGUUACGUGAUCGCGUCGGACGGUACACUGCUAGUGCACGACGUGGUACCAGAGGACACGUUCGACAGGUACUUUUGUCAAGUAGUCAACAAGUACACUGGCGACCAGUUGGUAAGUCAAACCGCCAAAAUUGUGGUAAAACAACCCACUGAAGAUGUACCGCCGACCAUUAAAUACCACACGGGCCACGUCCACGCCAAUGUCAAUCAAGCAGCCGAUUUGAUAUGCUUGGCCGAGGGUUACCCUGCUCCGACGUACAAGUGGUUCCGGAGCAGCAAAGAAAACGCCCAAGAAGUUCCCAUCGAAUCGUUAACUGUACAUCCGUACCAAUCGCUAUUGCAUAUCGUUCGAGUUCCAAUGGCCGAAUCGGUUACGACGUACGAAUGCGUUGUGUCUAGUAAACUGGGCCAAGACCAACGAAAAGUUGCCUUGUCGGCCAAUUUACCGUUUGCCGUCAGCACGUAUCCUCUGAAACAAGUAGUGGACUCGGGUUCGACCGCAAUUUUCAAUUGCACUACACAAGGGACGUCUGUUCAACCUUUGUUUUCGUGGCUAAAAGACGGUGCGCCCAUUAAGGGUUUUGGCCGGCAUGAGAUUUCCCAGAAAGGAAAUCACUUGGUCAUACGGAACGUGAUGAAGGAAGACAAAGGAAUAUACCAGUGUCUUGCCAGAGAUCCCGGUACAGACGAAACUGCACAAGCCAGCACUUUGCUCACACUCGGAGCUGUCUCGCCCGAAUUAUUGGAAACGUUCUCCGACCAGAUAAUUCGGCUCAGUGGAUUUCUGUCGCUAAGGUGUACAGCUUCAGGCAAUCCACCGCCGAGAAUUUACUGGUAUCUUGACGGUGGACUUUUAUUACCCCAAGGGGAUUAUGUCUUCGGAAGUUACAUGCACAUCGACGGGCACGUUGUAAGCUAUUUAAACGUAUCGAUUGCUGAUGUUUUACACGGAGGAUAUUAUACUUGCUUAGCACGGAACAUUCUAGGAUUUAAAUCGCAUUCGUCCAUGAUUAAAAUCUACGGCGAUCCAGUUGCAAGGUCACCUUUAAACUUAACCGUACGAUCGGAAGAUGAUGCGUACUUGCAAUGUCCCGUUGCUGGUUAUCCGAUAGUGAGGACUGCUUGGCAAAAAGAUAUGGUGUCAAUUCCAAAUCAUUCCAGGCAUAUAUUGUUUGACAACGGCACGCUCCUGGUGCGUUCUACUCAAGAUAUAACCGAUUCCGGGCAUUAUGUGUGCACGAAAAUCAACGAAAAGGGUCAAUCGGCCACGGGAAAUCUUUACUUGAGAAUCAUGAAGCCACCAGUCGUUACGCCAUUUCAGUUUACAAAAGACUUGCAAGAAAGCGAAAGAGCCCAAGUGUCUUGCACCAUUAAAUCAGGAGAUCUCCCCAUGGAGUUUGUUUGGCGAAAAGACAACAGAGUACUAACAACGGAUAAUGAAAUUGAGCUGCAAAAUUUUAAGUUUUCAAGCACUCUUCUUUUCAGCAAUUUAAAACCGCAUCACGCCGGAGUGUACACUUGCAUUGUUAGUAACUCUGUAGCCAGCAGCAACUACUCGGCUCUCCUCAACAUCAAAGUUCCGCCGAGAUGGGUAAUCGAACCAGAAGACACGUCAGUUCUAGACAAUCAACUCACAGUGAUCAAUUGUCAAGCCGAAGGUUACCCGGAGCCAAGAAUAACAUGGACUAGAGCUUCCGAUAAUCAAGUAUUGCAGUCGUACAACAUGUUUUCCGAAACUACACUAACGGUAUUAGGAAAUGGUUCAUUAACCAUAGGCCUUACAACGCAAAAAUAUGAAGACAAUUACACGUGUACUGCGGAUAACGGAAUCGGAAGUCAAAUAAUGAAAACGGUUUCUUUAAAAGUUCAUAUUCCGGCUCAUUUUAAAGAAAAGAUCAUCAACCUGAGUGGCGUCGCCGGAAGCAGAGUGACAUUGGCAUGCCAGGCGGAAGGCUCGAAACCUCUAAACGUCGAAUGGAACCCUUCUGUUGAAAACGUUGUUACCAAAGAAACGGAAAAAGGAAUAAUAUCAGAACUCCAUUUAAAUUCAUUAUACAGCAGUCAAACGGGCGUGUAUGCGUGUAUGGCGACCAACUCCUAUGGCUAUGAUCGCAUGACCAUCAAUUUAGUAGUCAGAGAGCCGCCUGAAUCUCCAGGGCAACUAGACGUGGUAGAAGUGGGGGCAAGAUGGAUAGAGCUUCGAUGGGAGCCAGCGAGAAUGCACGUGACACACUAUAUACUUCAGAUGUGCACUAACACGUGUAGAGACUGGUCCAACUAUACAGUCAGUGGAAGUUUGUCCUACAUGAAAAUUUCGUUUUUAAAACCCGCCACGGUGUAUACCGCACGGGUCGUGUCCGUCAACGACUUCGGUGCCAGCGAUCCGAGUCAAAAUAGUACCGUGUCCACCUUGGAAGACAUGCCCAGUGCGCCUCCAGACAACGUGGAAGCUGUGAACGUCGAAAAGAACCAAAUUACAAUCCGAUGGAGUCCGCCGGACAAAGACACGUGGAACGGACAAAUUAUCGGCUACAAAGUCAACUACGUGGACGCAAAUGAAGUAUCCGAAAUUAACUCUAAGACUACGUUGGGUUUCGAUAAAUGCGAAUUUAAAAUUACAAAUCUUAAGCCGUUCACGUCGUACAGGAUAUCCGUGAAGCCGUUUAACAGAGUUGGAGCCGGACCAGAUUCAGAUUUCAUACGAAUCACUACUUUAGAAGGAGUGCCAAGUGAAUCUCCUCAGAACAUUCAGUGUUCACCUCUAACGACGGAAUCAUUGAGACUGAGUUGGAUCCCUCCACCAGUUCAAAGUCAUCACGGCACUAUUGUGGGCUACAAAAUUAACUAUAAAAAAAUAAACCAAAAAUCAGGUUCGUUUGUUCCAAACGAAAUAAAAAAGACGACCAAUCUAGAAACAAAUCUUCACGGUUUGGAAAAAUACACCAACUACAGUGUAAGAGUCUUAGCUUAUAACAAGGUCGGCGAUGGCGUGCAAUCCAGUCCUGUUUAUUGUGUAACCGAACAAGACGUCCCUGGGCCGCCAGACAAUGUGAAAGCUCUUACUGUAACGUCAAGCAGUAUUCUUGUUUCGUGGACACAACCAAAACGACCGAACGGCAUAAUUACAAAAUAUAUUGUACACGUGAAACACAAUAAAAUAGUGGAAAAAGAAAUAGUUUUUGGAGACAAGAACACAAAAGUAGAAAUCCGUCGAUUGAAAGAGUUCCAGCGCUACGAAUUUUGGGUAACCGCUACGACGGUAGUGGGCGAAGGACAGCCAAGUUUCCGUGUGAACCAAAGUCCAAAUUCCAGAGCUCCAGCCAGAGUGGCGUCGUUUGGUGAACGCGUCAACAUCGUGGUCGGAUCAAAGAUUGCGAUCGAAUGCUUUACGGUGGGCAUGCCGACUCCGAUUGUCAAGUGGAAACAACCGGAAGGAGCCGAAACAGAGAUUUCAGACGACGGCAGUCUGUCGAUUGGACCUGUGGACGACAGUUCAUACGAGGGAAAUUACACGUGUCACGUGGAAAAUAUAUUCGGAAGGGAUCAAAUAUCGUACACGGUAAACGUGCUCUAUCCGCCGCAACCGCCGGAAUUUCUUGUGGAUUCCGUUUCGACAGACGUUCUCCUGGUGCAAUGGAAACCCGUCAAACAGUCUGGCGCCGAGACCACUGCAUAUAUACUAUUUUACCAGACAGAUGCCGGUGGUCCCCAAAGGAUGGACAUAGAUUCUGACCGGUUUACGUGCAGUGUAAACCAGUUGAAAUGCGGAACUAAGUACAGCGUGUCAAUGCAAACCGUCAACACGGUCGGCGCCAGUAAGAUCAGCCGCGUCGAAGAAGUAUUCACUAAAGGCGGAGUUCCAAAGGUCCCGGAAGAAAAUGCCGUGCUUGCCAUUAAUUCGACCAGUGUGACGUUCACGUUCAGCACAUGGCCCGUUAAUCUGUGUGCCAUACAUUCAUUUACAUGCAAGUACGCCGAAAUCAACUACGAAAACCCCGAAAAAGGUGUUUGGAUAACGUUUACCAAACAAAAAUUGAUCAGCGAUACGUUCACCAUCAGCCACUUACAGCCAGCCACUGUGUAUGAAAUCCAGAUGAUCGUUCACACAGAUGCCGGCGACACGAUAUGGCAGCAUACGCUUGCUACCAGAACAUUAUCUGGAGGCAUAGUUCCGGUCCCAAUCAACAAUAACGGAAUCGUUCAAAGCUUCGCUCAGUUUCACAAAUAUGUACCGGCUGCUUCGGGGCUUGUUUGUAUUCUGUCAUUUUGUGUCUGCAUCUUCGUGGUGAUCCAAAAAAGGAAAAAAGAACCUCAGUAUUCCAGAGGCAGUGCGAUCGAGAGGAAGUCUAGUUACGAAUCGGACAGGCCGGUGGAAUUCGCCUCGUCCACGUUGAGGAAAAGACAACAGUCGAUGGAAAAAUGCAUGAGCACCGACGAAAAAAACAUCAACUAUGACGUAUGUCCGUACGCCACUUUCAGUGUGAUGCAAACGGCUUCGUCUUCGUCCUGCAGGACUCCCACACACCCCAGGGCUUUGAGCCAGAGCGAUUGUUACGAGACACCGGAUCACGCCAAAAUACACGGGCUCUUCGACAAAUCCUACGAAAUAUCUUACAUAUCCAACCAGCAAACGCUGCCGAUGACUGCUGCCAAGCCGUCCAGAAAGAUGACCAUGACACCGGUGCACUUCGUGACGGACGUGGACGACGAACGGUGCAACAAAACGACAGCGUCGAGAAAACAAAGCUCAGAUUCGAGAAUGCGGAGGAACUACAACUAAACGACAACGGGAGGAACACAGAAGAAACUUUGGAGACAUUUUUUUAAACUAUGGUUUACCUAUAUACAUAUAUAAAUAUUUCAACAUAUUAUUAUCAGUAAAAUAAAUAUAAAUUAUAUUAUU